ACUUAUUUGCUACAGGAUGGUCAUCACAAAUUAGUUUAAACACAAAAGGGAGGAAGUAACAGCAAACGCUAUGCCAGCGGAAGAGCACCAGAACGCCCUCCCUGCCAAAAGGGCCAUCAAAAAGAUCAGAACAGCUAGCCUUGUCAUCAGCUUAGCACGGGGUUGGCAGCAGUGGGCAACUGACCACUGUACAAAACAAGCUGAGGAACCCAGCGGGUGGGUACCCAAUGAGGAGAAGCCGCUAAGCAUUCCAUCUGAAGGAAGAAUAUGCCCCAAACCACCUACAUUCGUCAAGAAAGACCAAGCAAAGCAUGAAGUGAAGUUUCCAUCAGAAGGGGAGGCACCAAAAGAAAAUGAAGGACAGAGUCCAAGUGAAUCAGAAGAAGCCCUCCAGAAACUUCACAUUAGGAGCAAAGAAGUGACCAAAACAGUUGUGAAUAAAAUCUAUGAAAGAGGCAGUGGCGUUAAUUUUCUCAGCAACAAAUAUGAAAAAGAUCACGAGUGUCCGGAGACGGACAAGGAUACGGAAGACCUCAGAAACAUUGACAAACUCCUUAGUAGCAAAACAUCUCCUACGAGAAGGAGAAAAUGCUCUAACCUGGUAUCAGAGCUGACUAAGGGUUGGAAACAGAUAGAACAUGAGGAUAAAACCUCAGAAAUUGAACUACACAAUUGCCGCAGUGACAGCUUGGAUACAGAGGACAGUGGCUAUGGGGGAGUCGUUGAGGACAGGCUUGAUUCAGAAGACAGUAGUGAAGAAAUUGUGAGUGCCAUAAGGAUAAAACGUCCCACAUCAUCAAUUGCAAACAGGAUCAAAGCCCCUAAGAAAUACAGCCCUGUUCACAAUUUGAGGGGAAGAUGGGAAGAAUGGGCAGAUGAACAUGUUUUAACACAAAAACUCAAUCCUUUCAGUGAAGAAUUUGACUAUGAUCUUGCCAUGUCUACCCGUCUGCACAAAGGAGAUGAGGGCUACGGUCAUCCCAAAGAAGGGACAAAAACCGCAGAAAGGGCCAAGAGAGCAGAGGCCCACAUCUACCGAGAAAUGAAGGACUUGUGCUUUAUCAUCCGAACAAUGGCUUCUCUCCAUAGCGAUGGAAAGAUGCAAGUCACUUUUGGCGAGUUAUUUGAAAGAUAUGUCCGUAUUUCGGAUAAGGUUGUUGGAAUACUCAUGAGGGCCAGGAAACACGGGCUGGUGAACUUCGAAGGAGAAAUGUUGUGGCAAGGCCGGGACGAUAAUGUGAUAAUAACUUUACUAGAAUAACACCCAAUCCUGGAAUUCUCACAAGUAUAUUGAUUCUUGACAGUCUGUCGCUCCAGAAUCUGAAAGUAGAUUCUCAGUUUGCUGGAAAGAUCAACAGAGACCUCAAAGUUUAUAUUCAAUCCGGUUUAUCUAGGAAAAUAUCUUUAAUUAUAUUACCACCUUUCUGGGACUAGAAAGUAGUCAAAAGUUCCUCCCAGCAUUUAACAGGUAUAAGGUAUUAUAGAGUUCACAAAUUUCUGUAGUUCAACUAUGUGGGCAGUUUUUGUAAAGCAGACUUGUAAAUAAAGUAUCUUUUCAGAAUACAAUGAAAUUUUAACUUGUUAAGAAAUAAAAGUACCUUUGUGCCCA